AUGGCUGCUCGCAGGUUGGCGCAAGUUACGGCGGCUGUUACGCUGCUCCUCGCGCUUUCUGCGCUAGCACCCGCCUCCGCGUCGUUCUGCGCCGACUAUCUUGAUGCCUUCAAAUGCCCCAAGCUCGCGUCCUUCGACACCGUUGACAUCUCGGCUUACACGGGUCGGUGGUACGAGGUGGCGUUGACGGCGCGGUUCCACUACGAGAGGGAGGUGGGGCUCACGUGCACCACGGCGGAUUACACACCCAACGGGCAGGUCAACGGGCAGAAGCGAAUCAAGGUGCUCAAUCGUGGCAAGCGCAGCAUUGCCUUCGCGCGGCAAGCACAGGUUCUACUGUCCUCGAUGAACGCCGGCCGCAUAGCCACCAACCUCGGGAUUGUCUGCCGAGUCGCAUACAACGCAGCCAAGGCGAGCGCGCAGGCGCAGGCCCUCCUCGCCGCCAACGCCUCUGCGGACGCCGCCACAACCAGUGUCGGCACAACCUCAGGCCCGCUCGCGGCAGCCAAUGAGCUUGCGGCAUCUCUCGCCUCGGUGUCGUCUGACGCGGAAAUUAUUGACAACGCCGCGAGGGAUUUCCAGACGGCGAUGAGUGUGAUGAAUGAGCGGCCGAAUCCCAAGGAAUACAGCAGCGCCAAGGGCAAGAUGCUCAAGUCCAUCUCCAACAUCCAGGGCGCUGCUGGGCGGAUCUUUCAGGCGGGGUUCACUGGGAGGACUGCAGCGAAGCAGCUCAGCGGAGUGCUGCAGUCCUUGGGCGGACAGGAUGCCAAGACUGCUGCCAAUGGGGGCGGCUUUCCUCGCGCCAAGGCCAUCCAGAGCAAGAGCAAUGUGAGCACUGCUGCCAUCUUUCCAUCUCCUCAACUGAAAGGAAAGUGGUACGAGAUUGGUGCGACGGCGCUGGGCAAGUUCCAGAGCAAGGGCGAGCUGGGUAUCGCGUCCAUAACCUACACCUACAGCACCGCUAAGAAGGGAAAGUCCCGCGGCGCUCUCAGCUUGACGCGCCAGGGCGUGGUGGCGGUGAUGCCGAUGCGCCGCAGCCAGGUCGCCGCGAUCUCCGCCGCCACCACCGUUCUCGCGCAGCAGCUGCGCGCCGUGUGCGGCACGGUGUCGUCGGUGCGCACGAAGCAGCAGCUGAGCACGUCGUACCUCACGCUCGGUUCCGAAGAGCUCCCGGUCGACGUGAAGCAGUCCGUGUCGUACGGCCUCGGGAGUAUCGAGGGCGCGGUGGCUGACGUGUCGCGGCGCGCAGAGACGCUCUGGGCGGAGCUGGACGACGUACAGCGCGCUAACGCGCAGUUGAACCAGCGCGACUCCUUCGCGCUGGUGACGCGGAUGAAGAGCGCGUUGCGGAGCGCGUCAAGCGCGAUUCAGGGGGCGGCGAAGGGGAUCGAUGCGAAGCGGAACGAGAUGUUUUCUAUCGCUGCCAUGAAUCGCGUGAUUGUAGGCGGCGUGACUGCAGCGCAGGGCAGCGCCAAGGGGAAGGAAGCAAUCUCCCUGGCUAUGGCGAACGUGAUGACGGAGUGUCAAAACGGCAGCACCUUCUCGCAGCGCGUGGCGGCGCUGGCCUCCGCCACGCGCUCUCUGUCGCCCCUCGUGUCGAGCCUCUUCAGCAGCCCCAGCCCUGCGAUCUACACCACACUCCACGCCAGGCUUGUCAUCAGAUCAAGAUGGUCAGGUCACUUACCUUACUACUAUGGCGGUGGGUGCGCGUGUGCGGCGAUGGUGCAGAGGAACGUGAAGGUAGCCGUGGCGGUGGACGGCAGCGACAACAGCAUGCACGUGCUUCGGGAGGCGGUGCGGCUCUUCGCGCGCACGGCUAAGGAGUUCCACAUCAUGCACGCGCACAAGUCGCCUAAUGAGUUCUGCACGGACUCACUGUUCUCAUGGCAGGAGUACCACCAGCGCAUGGAGCACGAGCGGCACGCCAAGGCCCAGCAGCUGCUGCAGAAGUGUGCUGCGGUGGUGAAGGAAGAGGGCAGGAAGCGGGGAAUGGACGAGGGUGUGGCGGUGAGUGGCGUGGAUCUCAAGGGCGACCCUCGGGAUGUGCUGGCCAGUCACGUGCAGAGCGUUGACGCGGAUCUCAUGGUCAUGGGGACGCGUGGCAUGAGCCUGCUCAAACGCAUGGCCCUCGGGAGUGUGAGCUCGCACUGUGUGCACCAUGCUCCUGGUCCAGUGCUGGUGGUUCCAUUGAAAGCAGAUGCUGCUCACGAGUCAGUAUCAGCACCCAAAGCAAGUGCCACCCAAGCUGGAACAUCCGAGAUGGAGACGCAUGCAUUGUCAGCUGUAGGAGGUGCUUGA